AAGUGACGAAUACAGCAUCUAAAAAUAUUUACGCAUAAGAAUGGUUGUUUUCGUGAAUAGAAAAAUAUGGAUAUAUUCAGUGAGAAAAUAUCCAAAUCUAUAUUUAUUGCUCGUUUUAGAAAGAAAAUUCAAGGGUCCACAGCCAACUAGUUGAAACUAGCAAGAGAAUUACACAAAAACUACUUUCAAAGUCUGACGCGUAUUUGAAAAACCCAAACAAAUAAUAAUACAAUAACACUAUCAAUAAAGAUUCCACCAUUUUAGAAAGUAGGUUCAUUUAAGCACAAUUAAUAGUAUCCAACAAAACAAAAUCAAAUACAUUUAAAGAAAAUGAGUUUCUUGGCUAAAGAUAUAGCUGGGAAUAAAUACUUCCAAUAUAUAAAUAAAUUGUUUAAAAAAAAAACACAAACCGUGAGAUGUUGACAAAAUAUAUAAUCCAAAAACAGUUCAAUGCAUUUCUGGCGGGAAGUACCACGGAAAUAACCGAGAUUUUACGACAAAUUAAUCACGUGAUCGACGAAGCUUACUUCCCCACGUCGUUUGAAAAUUCAAUCUAUCUAUUUAGUUAUUGUAAAACAACGAUGCCAAAGCAAAAUAGAAAAACUCUACAUCUAACAGAACUGCUCAGUCAUACUACCAAACAGGAAGGUACACAGAAUUUGCCUAUGAAAAGAAAUGUACUACAACUGCCAAGUGCUUGUUCUUGGAAUCGUUCACCAAAAAGUCCUCAUGAGUUUGUUUUCCUGUCACCCUCUCCCAAUUCUCUUCAAGGCCGAUCUCCCCAACAGAUCUCUUGUAAUUCAACCCCUCGGCUGAAGCACAGCUGUACAAAGUCACCAAGCACACCUCUUGAUGGUGACAGAUUUAUACCACAGCGUUCCGCUACAGAUACUGACCUUGCCCAUUAUAUGAUCGUCAAGAAUGAAAACCUCCAAGGUGAAUUCAAGACAAAGUAUAAUGAUCAACUAAAUACAGUUUUACUAGAUGGGAAAAAUCCAACCAGUGAUAAAGUUUUAUCAUUCACUUGUAAAAAGCUAAAUUUUGGAUGUCGUAAAAGUCUUCAAAAUCUGUACAAAAACAAAGCAAAUUCUCCAUGUAAAACAGCCACUCGUGAAAUUAAUCAAGAUUGUGAUCGCAUCCUUGAUGCUCCUGACCUUAUUGAUAAUUUUUAUUGCAAUUUGCUUGAUUGGUCUGCAAGAAAUGUUUUGUGUGUUGCCUUGGGUCAAUCAUGUUAUCUUUUUGGUGUGGAACAAGAUUGUAUUGAUGCACUGCAAAACAAUGAUGAUAGAACUGAAGAUAAUUAUGUUUCUUGUGUAAGCUUCAGUGCUGAUGGUAGCUUCAUUGGGGUUGGAAAUAAUUCAGGAGAACUUCAGAUAUGGGAUACAAAAACCAAGAAACUACUCCGUACAAUGUAUGGAGCAGGAACUUCAGCACAUACACUCUCUUGGAAUGCUAAUGUUCUUAGCUGUGGUACUAAUGAUGGCACAAUAUAUCAUCAUGAUAUCCGACUUUCUGAUCACGUGAUCAGUACCUUCUCUGCUCAUACAAGUAUUGUUUGUGGCUUGAAAUGGUCAGGUAAUGGUCGCUAUUUGGCCAGUGGAGGCAAUGAUAACAUUGUGAAUAUUUGGGAUUUUAAUCGUAGUGUCUCCAUUCAGCCAUUAUUAACGUUAACACGUCAUAGAGCUGCUGUCAAGGCUUUGAGCUGGUGUCCUUGGCAAGAUUCUAUACUUGCCAGUGGUGGAGGAUCUAAAGACAAAACAAUCCAUAUAUGGAGUAUACCAUCAGGAAAAUGUGUCAACUCUAAACUAACACAUUCACAGAUCACUUCAUUAAUAUGGUCAAACGAACACCAUGAAAUUGUUUCUGGACAUGGAUAUUCAAAUUAUUCUCUCUCUUUCUGGAAAUAUCCUUCUUUGGAAAGUGUUGGAGAAUUGAAAGGUCACAUUGCAAGAAUUCUAAAUCUUGCUCUUUCCCCAGAUGAAAGUACAAUUGCAAGUCUUUCAGCUGAUGAAAGUAUCAGGCUGUGGAAAUGUUUCAACACAAAUAAGAAAAGCAAAGAACGUCUGACACAUGGAAUGUUCUCGUCAAUACGUUAACUUAUACCACAUAGCUUAACAAGAUUUACUUCAGGUUUGAAUAAAUUAGCAUUACUUUUAAUAAAUAUCCCAUAGUGGAUAGCAAGUUAUUGUUUCAUAAAUGAGAGACAUUCCAUAUUUGUUGUUUGUUUGGUUUUACAUGGAAGUUAUUUAAUAAAUAUAUUUAAUUUCUUUUUAAAUUCAUUGAAUGGGAUGACUUUAUAUAUUUUGUAUUUUGUGAAUAUUGUCAGUAAGAAUAGGUUUAACAUCACCUUGUUAAUAGUACCUAUUUUAAA